GAUGUACUGCAGUCAGUCUUGUGCUGAUGCUCUGCUAUGAACUGCUGUGAAAUGUUGCUAGCUUUGUAUGUUUAAAUCAGCUGACUGCUUUACCUAGCCCCUGGUGUGGCUAAUGGAGGCUGUAAUUUGCAGGUUAUGGCCUAUUUCCUCUCUCUGUUGGCACCGUCAGAAGCCUAGAAAGUGAAUCAGGGCUCGCAGAGCCCCGUGCCUGGAGGCGCGCAGGGCACACGCUCCUGUUUGUUUGGAGAUGCUGCAGCCUGCAACUUUGAGAGCUCUUUCUGGCUUCACAACAGAGUGCUUUGUUUUUAAGUUGGCUGACUAAAAUCACAUUAAAAAACCAGCAUUUAUAGAACAAAACCAAGCCUCUGCAAGCCAAAACCAAUCUGCAGAGAAAAACAUAUAUUUAAUAUUGAAGGUGUUUCACAGUAAAACCUGUGUUGUGCAUUGUUGACAUGAUGGAGAGAACACAGAGCCUUCCCACUUGCAGGUUAGAUGAACCAAAACUGAAAGUGGCUAUUUGUAAAACAAAUCUAUGUAAUAAGAAGUGAUGGCCUAAAGUUGGGGAAGUUCAGGUAGGAUAUUAGGAAAGAUUUAUUCUCAGAAAGAGUGGUGAGGCAUUGGAACAAGCUGCCCCAGGAGGUGGUGGAGUCACUGUCCCUGGAGGUGUUCAAGAACCAUGUGGAUGUGGCACUGAGGACAUGGUUAGUGGGCAUGGUGGGGAUGGACUGAUGGUUGGACUAGAUAAUCCUAGAGGUCUUUUCCAACCUUUAUGAUUCUAAGAGAGGAAAGAUCUGCUUGCAGAUGUUCAUGCUGUGUCUUCAGUGUAUUACAGUACAGCAGAUAAGCGAUUGCCUGGAGUCAUAGAUCCUUCCUUAUCUGUCUCCUCUGUGCCUUACCUCACAAGUGAUUGCAGAUCAUUGCUGCAGGCAUUUCCUGUUUUGAUACUCUUCCCUUCCAAUCCAAUGCAUGUUUUGUAUACUUCUUAAAGGAGAAAGUAUCCAUUCAGUAUCCAUUCCUACAGCUGAGGAGUCAGAAUUCUCUCCCUUACAGAUUUUCCGAGGGAUCCAAGCAUGCACGAAGAGCCAGCCGAGUGGAGAUCCCCAAGCCUUAGCUGAAUGCCCUGCUCCAUGUUCGUGCUGCCAAAGCUUACAUGGUUACCCUUUCCCUACUGCACCUCCUGUGGAUCCAUUUGCAAAAAUCAGAGUGGAUGAUUGUGGAAAAACCAAGGGAUGCUUCAGGUAUGGCAAACCUGGCUGUAAUGCAGAAACCUGUGACUACUUCCUAAGUUACCGCAGAAUAGGAGCUGAUGUUGAAUUUGAGUUGAGUGCUGAUACUGAUGGCUGGGUGGCAGUGGGAUUUUCCUCAGACAAGAAAAUGGGAGGAGAUGAUGUCAUGGCUUGUGUUCAUGAUGAUAACGGAAGAGUCCGAAUACAGCACUUUUACAAUGUUGGUCAGUGGGCUAAGGAAAUCCAGAGAAAUCCUGCUAGAGAUGAAGAGGGGGUUUUUGAAAACAAUCGUGUAACUUGUCGAUUCAAGCGUCCCGUAUCUGUUCCCCGAGAGGAAACUAUCGUAGAUCUGCACUUGAGUUGGUACUAUCUGUUUGCCUGGGGUCCAGCAAUUCAGGGUUCUAUAACUCGUCACGAUAUAGACUCACCACCUGUAUCAGAGCGUGUGGUCAGUAUUUACAAGUAUGAAGAUAUUUUCAUGCCAUCAGCUGCCUAUCAGACCUUCUCUUCUCCAUUCUGCUUGCUCCUCAUUGUUGCACUGACCUUCUAUUUAUUGAUGGGAACCCCUUGACUUCUGGAAAGUAACAAGAAUUUGCCAGUGGAAGUUUCUCAGGAUGGAUGGAUAUAUGAUGGAUGAUACAUAUUUCUAUUGGAAUUUAAAUCACACUUCCAUCAUCAUCUAGCUGCUUUUGAACAUUGUUAGCUUCUCAGAAGAAUGAAAUAACCAUCUUUGAGUGGCUGAGUGGUGACAAAUCAUUUAAGAAUAAUCAGUGAACAAGUAGGAGACUACGUUCAGUGUUGUGACUACUUGCUUAAUGAAGAGAAGACUUUUGUAAAAUUAGUGUGUGUGCGUGCGUGUGUGUGUAUGUGUGUUUGGGAGGAGUGUCUGUAUGUGUGGUUAGGAGAGUUUAGUGAUGGACAUCUUAUCAAAUAACAAAAAAAUGCCUUCCAAAUUGCUCCCAUAAAGCAAAUUUGGGAAAACAUUAUAAUGCCGUUUGGUACUUCUGGUGCAGACAGAGCCCAGGUGUGGUUUCUGAACUUAGGAUCAGGAUGCUGACACUGCAGUAUAAAAGCUACCCUUCCGAAAUGGACAGUUGGUUGUUUUUUUAAUUAAUAUUUAUCAAGGUUUACUUACUCUGUUACUUUCCAAAACUAGCCUUGCAUAAUCGAAUAUGAGCAGGACUUUUUUAAUGGAAAGAAAUGAUUAAUGUCUUAUAACAAUAGUGUUUCAACAACCUUCUUGAAAGAGAUGUCUGCUUCUUUUAUGAGUGAGAUAUUAUGUUAUGUAAAUGAAGGGAGAGGAGAAUGCAGUCAUUUGAAUUUUCCAUACAUAGGAAAAGCAAGUGUAAGCCACAGAGAACACUGAAGUUUCUAACAAGCCAUAGAAAAUCCUCCCAAUCAAUGAAGUUUUUUUUUCUUUUUAUUUAAAAGCAGUAAUGUUGCUGAUGUGUAAAUAUGUUUUUAAAUAGUUGUGCAGUAGUACCAAGAAAUCUGUUUUUCUGUGUUGUAUUCCUGUAUAUCCUGUUCACGUUAAAGGUGAAUAUGGGCAGCAGGUGUUUGCUCACAAAGAAACGGAAAUAUAAUUGAGAUUAUUUGUAAGGAGAGAUAGGAAUUAAUAAAAAGAUCAGUAUCUUUUAUUUCCUCAAAUCUUUGCUGAAACAUAGUUACGGUGGAAAAGAUGUGCUAAAGAGGAAAUGCAUUUCAAUUUUUUAUCACCAAUAAAUGAUACAAAGAUGAAUGCUAAAUAUUAUCAAACUGUAAAGUGGCAAAAUACAUUCGAGCCAUAGAAAGUUCUGAAAACUCUGGAUUUGUGUGGAGAAUUUCUAUUAUUCACGUGACAGGUGGGGUGUGACACGUGUAUAGGUGUAGCAGUUGAAUGUGCUUAGAUGCAGUUGCUCGUUUGUUUCCCAACUUGCAUUAUUGCACCAAAAUUCUCUCUAAUGUGAUGCACUUAAGGGCUCUGUAACGUAGGAUCUGGUAAAAUAUGUGACAGACAUUCUCUGUAUUUUCAUUGCUGCAUAGAGCGUAAAAAAAAGUAACAAGCUUUGCUGGGUUUGAAUCAUUCUUCACGGAAUGAAGUUAAUAGGUUUUUUUUAGGCUCUACAUUCUUGAAAGCUAUUCUUCUAGUAUGUGAAAUAGGCUCGAAAAGGAAUCACAAACUCCACCACAAAUCCUUUAUUACCAUUUUUAGAGAAAGAUUUCUUAGUAACACAUAACAUUUUCACUGAUGUCUUUAACGAUUUGUUUGCUUAAAAUUGCUGGACUAAGGUUAAAGAGGGGAGAGAAGAAUGCAGAUUGAAGUGAACUUUGAAGGUACAUACAGUAGCUUCUUUCAUGUAAAUUACCUUCUGCAAAUUGAAUAACCAACUCGCUACCUGAUGAAAUACGUAGUGGAGGCCAACUAAUAAGGAAGGUCAGCUUUGGACCUUCAUGGCUGUAAAACUGAGGUUUAAGAUUAGCUGAAGCAGAGAGCUGAAGUCUUGGAUAAUGAGUUCUAUAGUAAGCAGCCAGGUGAAGUGAGGAAGUUAUUAGGGCUAAUUCCUUCUCUCCUGCGUUAAAGUGUAGGCAGUUGAGGGAGCUGAGAUACCACAGCCCCUUCUCUGAGAUCACAGCUACUCAAAGUAGCCUUGGGGUUACUUUAGUUUAUGGCCUUGUAAUUUACUGGUAUAGUUUCAGGCAUUUCCCUGAUUACCCACUAAAAGGCUAAUCUAAUAACUGAAGCAUACUGAAGUACGAUAGAAACCCAUUUGGGCUCCUUUAAUACAGUGCUGCACUUAGGAUAGCCUGGCUAGACCUACGCAGAGACAUAUGUUACAUAUGAGAAUACCAAGGGAAACGUACAACACGCGUAGAGUUGCUUUGCGCUGUAAGGCGCUCCACGGGGAGUCAGAGCUGUGUAAAGGUUGAAAGUUCAGGCUGUAAAGCAAUAGUGAGGUCAGAGCUGAAGCACAGCCACUUAUGGGAAUGCCCAGUGCAAAGCAGAAGUUGCUUCAGGCCACAGAUGUACCCAUGUUCUAAAUUAGGGUAGAAAUACAGUUCCUUUUUUUUUUUUUUUUGUCAGGUUACUUUUAAGCAUUCUGUCUGGUGUUUUUGUUGCUGUAUUUUUUUUCUUUUUGAAAUAUGAGCAGAGACGUGCACUUCUAAACGACCUUCAGCUUCAAAAUACUUAAUUAGUGCUAAUUAAGCAUUUCUAAUUAAUUGGGAGGAAAUAAAAGUCCACAAAAGCAGCAAAGCAGUCUAUUAUUUGGCAUUUAAAUUUAUAGCUGAGCUAUAUUAUUACUCCCUGGUAAACUGUUCUAAAAUUUGGUGUACUACUUCACAGAUAUUAGAAAAGCUACUGUGCAUUCUCUAAAUAUUUGGCAGAAUGUUUUAGGAGAACUGAGUACCGAAAAUAAUGAUGAUAAAUUAGAAUCAGGAGGUGAGAUAAGUGGUGUUUUUCUUUUUCAGUGAAGAAAGUUUGUUGUAUUGUGGCACUUUGUCUGAGAGUUGAUCUUCAGAGUAGGAAAAGCAGGACUAUGAGCUUUCCAGAUUCAGGAAAACAAGGAAGGUACAAGCGCUUGGAUAUGAGUAGUUGGGAGUAAAUAUGAGAACAAAAAGCCUGUAAGAGAAAUGAAAAGACUUUAAUUCACUGGUGCUUAGCUUUAUGUGAUACCUAAUAAUUAUUAAUACUCGAGUGAGCGUGGAAAGUAUUUUGUUUUUUAUGUUUUUUUUUCUUAAAAGCAGGAUUGAUCCCUGCUAUACAGAGUUACUACAAAGUAGCUCUCUUCAAAGUAAUUGAAAAUUGAAUCAUUUUUAGAUUCUUUAUGGUGACUACCAGUAAGCAGCUAUUGAGUAACGCAUUUCCAAAGUGCUUUAAUUUUGAGAGUGAGAAUGACUUGCUGUAGGGAAACAUAAUACAGAAGCAGAGGCUUUAGAAAGGUCACGUUUACAGUACGGUGGCCUUUGGAAAUUUGAUUUUGAUUGCUAAUUACAAAGAUAAUUAAUUAGAAAGAUAAGACUAGAAAAGACCACAAGGCAUUAAUUAGCAGUCUUGAAUAUAUUCUUUCCAUGCAGAACCAUAUUCAGCUCUGACCACAGCUUGUUACCUUAACCAUAACACCACCUUCUGCUCACUCAGACUAUAUUAUCUAUAACUUUUUUCACUUGAAGUUCAUAAGCUAUUUGAAACAGCAGUCAGCUUCUUUGUGAUGGUGCCUAUCACAAAGCGACCUUGUGUUUUUACUGUAGUGUUUGGCAGGUACUCCACUACAAAUACCAAGUUUGGCCUGAAAUUAUACUAUAAAGAGUAACAGUAGGAAAAAGAAAAAUAAACAGAGAAUACAGACCUCUAUAAAGUUUGUUUUUCUUCAAUGGAAUCAAAUAACUUUAUGUAUAGUUGAGACACUUCUAGAUGCUGUUUAUUUUUUCCCCAAAUAAAAACCUAGCUGAUUUUAGAAUGUCGUUGGAUACGGGAUGAUGCUUUCAUCUACAGUUCUAGCAUUAUAAGGGAAUUAUUCUGUCUCUGAAAGAGACUGUUUUGAUUAGAUAUUUUGAAAGCCCUGUGAGACUUCCUUGUCUUCAUUGAUGGGUAUUGCAAUACUUGGGGAGCAGGAAAAUAAGCACUUGUAGCCUCCCUAAUCGAAGGGAACUCCCCACAUGGGUUAGAAGUUCUGAAAGCUAUUUUUGGCACUGACUUUUCCAGUCUCCACUGCAAAGAUUAGAGAGUAACUGGAGCAACGCAUGCAUCAGCAAACUGCCUGGGUAGUUGCUUUGAAGCUUGCUUGGGUUGCCAUAUCCUGGGGCUGGACCAAGAAGAAAAGCUCUUUACCUCUCUCCUUGUACUCAGUGCCUACUGUGAAAUGGUGUUACAACUGUGUUAAUGUCUUCCUCUGAAAAGUACUGUGCUCCUUGUCACUAGACUAUGUCCUGACCCUAUGCCCACAUCUGAUGAUCCUGAGAGGUCUAAGCCCAGCUGUAAAGAGGAGUUAUUAGGUAAGGACUGAAAGACAGCUGUCUUCACCAUCAGGCAGGUUGCAGAAAUCCGUAUUGUAGAUGAUACUCCACUUAUCUCUAAGUACUGUUGUGAGUUGAAGGGGAAGGGAACAGGCAGGCCUCCUCACAAUUAUUCUUUUUUCAGUCUUUGUUUGCCUUACUUUUCCUGUCCUUCUACUGCAUCAGGCACUUAAAAAGAAGUAAAUUAUUCUCCUUUUAGAGCAUAGACCCUGUGGUCUUUGAUUUCUUCUGGGAACAUUGGCUAUUGGCACUGCACUGCACUGCACUGCACUCUAGAGGCAGCAUUGGAGCUCAUACACAAACCUGCUAUUUUUACUGGCACGUAAAUUAAUUUUGUGACCCCUUGCCAUACUGAUAUGUUGCAUACUGAUAUGUUUUUUUUAAAACUUCUUCUCCAAAUGGUUUCCCCAAUGAAAAGUACUGAGUAACAGUUUUAGGAGAAGGAAAGUUACUUGAUGGACAGAAUUACAAAAGGUCUAGCAUCACUCUUUUUUGGAGAUGCCUACUGUGAAAGUGCUAAUAUUUUAUACGAAGUGCAACUGGUCAAGAGCCUUAUGUUUAUAGUAGAAGUAGAAACAUAUUUAAAUGUUACAGUUGUUCCGGUGCUUCAGGGUGUGUGUAUGUGCCCACCCUGCAUGAACUGGAACCCUCUAUUUCAACCCUGAGCCGCAGUGUGUGGUGAACAGGUGGAGUGGUUUGCUUGGAUGCUAAAUGAUGAUGCAGAGGCAACCUCAAAUACUUCAGGACAGAUGAGUAGAGAGUUUGUAAGUAAGGCUGGAGGGCAAAGAAGGGCUCAUGGUUUUGUCAUACUUCCUAUUUUUGUAUGACUUUACAUGUGGCAAAGACACAUGUAAAUCACAUGGAAAUAUUACUUGAUACGCAAAGAAGCAACAGAAUGUAACUUUAACAGGAAUAUAACUUUUUUGCAGUCCUAGCUGUGUAAGGGCAAGAGGUCUGAUUUAUGCCUUAAAAUACGUACUCCCAGAAAGCUCCAAGAUUUGAGCGAGAGGCUUGAUUUUGCCCUUAGAGGUAUGAAGAAAGGCCAGGACCCUGUGUGUGGUAGUAGCAGUUGGAUGCUGUGUGUACCUGCUCACUGGCUCUCUCACAAACUAUGUGAGUCUCAGAAGAGGGGGACUCCAAAUCUUAACAGCUUUCUUUGCCCACUGACUGUUUCACCUAAUUGAAAUUGCAUUAUCAACGUUUCUGUAGCAUUGUGGUAGAGCCUAAUAUAGCACUUCCACAGCCUGCCCAGCACAGAUAAGGAUCUAACUGGAAGCCUGUUGGCAAUUUAAAGAAAACCUCAAUUUCCGAAGUAUAAAAAAAUAUUUUUUACAUUUAUUUAUUUAUUUUGCCAUACGUCAACUAUUCACCUCUUUUUUUUCCUAUCUAACUAUUUCUGUGCAGCUCAUAUGGCUGAGUGUCUGAUUUUUUGCAGAUACAGAAUAAGAUUUUGAUAAACCUUCCCUUUCUGCACCUGUUAUUGGAAUGAAAUAAUCACUUACGUAACUCUUAGAAAUAUAUUUUACGGUGAGUCUUGAUAAAACUAUGUAUAUUUAUAUUCCAUUAUUUAACUUCUCUCAUUUGGGUUCAGAUAGUGAGGUAAAAUCAGUGUAGUUUUGGAGGGCUUGUGCAGCUUGUGGAGUUAGCAGAUGCGAAAAAGCAGACAGAACAAACAUUACUUUGAAAAUCUGUGAUUGCAUUGGCAAUAGCAAAGAAACUGCUAUAAGGAAAAGGGCAGAUUCUUUUUUCUUGAAUUGCCAAGUAAUUUUGAUUGCAUUCAUUCCUAACUUGCUUCCAUGUUUGCUACCAAGGUAGGCAUGUUUGCUCACACUGGUGUGAGGUUGGAGCACAAGGAGAACUUCACAGCCCACAUUUGUAGAAAGGCUAACGCUCAGUAUAGACCAGUUCUGAUCUGCAAUUAGAGACUACUUAAAAGCGUCCUUACAAGGUGAAUUUUUAUAUGACACUUUUGAGAAACAUUCUUUAAAAGUACUGUGCUAUUUAUAUAGACUGGAUCACUACAGAAUUACCUGUUAGCAGUAGUCUUCUGAGUUGUUUCUAAAUACUACUUAAUGCAAAUUCCUGUUUAUGUUUUUAAGGAAGGAACUGGAUUUUUCGAAAGUGCCAAGCAGCUGCAAAUCUUUUAUGGCUUCAAUGCCUACUCAUGGCACAGUGAUUGCAGUGUGUUACCUAAUUUAGUCUCUUUCUUAAGCUUCACAUCGUUCAGUUCAAUUUCAUAAGUUGUUAAUAGUAAAAGACUAAAUAGGGGAAAAAUCCACCUAGAUUCUAUGCAAAGGAGCAGAAAUACUCUUGGUGAUUUUUCACAACAGUGAUCAACAAAGUGUAGAUUAAUGAAAAAUAUUCUUCCCAGAAUUAAUAUUUAGACAGACUAAAUGUGUUGAAGGGGUGUGAAAAAAUUAUAUAAGACAGUUUAAAAACACAAGGUUAAACUGUAUUUUGGAAAUAAAAACAACCAAACAAAAACCUAAAACAAAACAGAAAAUGUUACACGUUCCCUUACUUCUAGCUGAUAUUUUUGGACAGUGAUACAGGAGAAUAUAUAUAUGAAAACUAUGAUGUUGCCUGCUACAGGAUCAUAUUUGCUCUUUUAAUAUAUUAACUUUUUGUUGCCUUCUUUAGUACAAAAAAUUAGCCUCACAUUAUUAUUUUUUUUUCCAAACAAGAUUAAAAAAAAGUUGUUAAAGAAUCAAGGAAACAUUUUCAUACAGACUGUCAGGAUAAUUGGAGAGGAAACACAGAUGUCAUACUUAAAAUAUAGGAGGCAAAAACUGUAUUGUUUAAACCCCAAAUAUUAUAUCUGCUACUGAAAUAUUAGACUGCUCACCUAAUAAUAAAACAAUGGUUUCUUUUUCCGUUUUUCAUAACGACCACAAUUUUCUGUAAAGCUGGAAGUAUCAUUCAAGUCUUGACACAGAGUCAAAGAUGAAAUCCCAAACCUAUUAACUUCAUUAGAAAAACUGGAUAUUUCUCUGUGAUGUCCCCAGCCUUCACUUAGGGAGAUAAAUUCUGUUAACAUAUUCGAAGCAUUGCGAGUUCUGUUUAAGUGAAGUCAGAGGCUAGGUAUGUCUUGGCAUUUCUGAUUAAUAUAUUCUGAGAUCUGGUUUGCGUUAACUUCUUAGCAGUUUAGCAGACUGUCAUAACUACAUUCACACUUGCCACUUGGUUUUGUGUUUCAUAAAUUGUAAUGAUUGAAGCUGAAAUGUCAUCUGCACCUUUUGAUUUCAUUCAGCAUUCUCAAGAUGAAAAUUAGGUCUAAUACACAGAAGCACUUUGUAAGUAUAGUGUUAAGAGGUGUUCUGUUUUUUGGUGGUUUUUUUUUCUUAUACUAGACUCAGUUCUGUAUGCCAAUACCCAGCAUCCAUUUGAAGACAAUGAGCAUUUAAACUUAUUGGUAUUCAUGCACCAGUCUUUUUGAAAAAAAAAACAGUGGAUGAAUACAUAAUGGAAUGAUGGUGACCUAUGGGAUUAUUUUACAAUGAAUGCAUGCCCUAAAAAAUUGCUUUGUAACAUCCGUUUUAUACUAAACAUUGGUGUUAACGUGAGCCUUGUUAGCUAUUUGACAGUGACAUACAAUAUUUAUAAACCUGUUACAAUAAAUGCUUUUUUAGUCUAAGAAGUGUGUGGUAUGGCAUUUACAAAACGUUAAAAAAAAAAAAAAAAAAAGAAAGGUCUAUGCCUUAUGUUGUGUUAAUAAUUCCUUCCUGUGCCAUGGGUUUCAAUUUAUUACCCUGAGUAAUUCCAUUUCAGUCAAUGAGCCUGGUCACAGUAACAAUGUGAGAGACUACUUCUGUUUUCCACCAUCAGAAUCACUGUGAAGCUGUAAGUAAAGAAAUCAGCUAUAUUUUAACAAAUCAACCCAACUGACAUUUGCUACAACUAAACAGAAUGUAGAGGUUCCUGCGGUGACCUCUCUGUUGUGUUUUUAAUGUAUUUGAUGCAAGUACAGUCAAGAUAGUAAUAUUUCAGAUCUAGGUGUUUGACCUUCAUCGCUGCCUUGCUGCGUGGCCAAACGGAGCAGCUCCUGAAGCAGUGCCAAAAACAUGGUGUUGAAAUGAAGACGGAGAGUGGAAAGGGAGAGGAGAGAGUCCCAUAUCAGCAAGAAAAAUCAGCUCUAGAAGGCUCACAGAGAUGCUUCAGUUUUGAUCAGCAUACUUUUUUUUUUCCUUUAGCCUAAAAUACAAAGUGACCUAUAAAUACAAAGUUUAUAUCUGAAUGAUAAACUGUAAGGUCUUUAUUCUAGCUCUUACUGAACUGGUAAUAGUUUAUGUUAAGUAUUAUGUUAAGUGUGUUAAGAUAUUACUUUUCCAGUAAACUGAAUUAAUGAAGUGAGAUCAACCCCAACUGCAGGUACACAUAUAUUCAGUUACACAAGUUUAAAAACAAAAAUAAAAAACAGUCUCCCAAGCAGGGAUAGACUUAUUUUCCACAUGUGUAGGCCAGUGCUGGCACCUGCUGGCUUUGUUGCUGAGUGAUUUCAUAGUUUUGUGCGUUUAUUACAGGUAUAAAUCGUGAUUAACUUGCUGUUGCCAAUGUUAUCUGUCUCCUCUGCUUCCCAGCCACCUCAGUAUCCAGUAUUUUGGUAUCACAUCUGAGACUGCCUGGCAAUUGCAGCUGUGUUGACUGCACACCAAGUGAAUGAGAACUACGGAUUUCUUCAAAGGGCACUCAAAAAGCUUCAGUUCAGCACACACAGUCACUAAUGCUGCAGCAGACGGAAGUUACAAGUUUACCUAUUCAUGAGAUAAUAUUUCGUUUUAUAUUACUGUUGACAUAGGACUAUCAAUGUUUACCACACACUUUUCUAUUUCGCCAAAAAGCACUUCUUUUCUGUCCUCUUCACCCUUGAAGAGUUACUAAUAGUAAAAUAUGUCCAAAGGCUGUGCUGGAGAAUUUCUGGUAGUAUAGGUCCCUGAGGUGCACUAUACACCUAUGGCCAUAAAAGUCCUUAAAACACAAAGUGCCAGGGCAAUCUAUACCUAAAUACCAUAUUGCCCUUCAAUGUUCAAAAAAAUCGGCCGUUAAGGCUGCAGUCACUGUUUGAAAUCUGUUCUGGAAUUAAGUUUUCAGACCUUGAAAUAGUAUAUUGUGAAGAUCCUCCGUCAGCUGUCACCUCAGAGAUUACUUUCUGUGUUCACAUCCCUGCUUUUCAGCGUUCAUGUUGUGGUAACGUGAGACAGCAACUGCCAUUUCCUUGCACUUUUUUUUAACUUCUGCUACGUUUAGUGAAUCACAAUUAAAUAGGGAAGGCUUUCUACAGUAUGGACCAAAUCCUCAACUUAUGUAAAUCAGUAUUUAUAGCUUCCUUCAAGGCAAAGUGGUGACAUUAAUUUCUGUCUGUGAAGAACGAUUGCCUCCGUCUGUUAAGAAAAAUCAAAGGAAUAACAAUGUGCCGACGAAGACAUGAUUUGCUGGCAUCUCUGUAUAUCUAACUGAAGAAUUUUUAUUCUCAACACCCCUUCUCCCCCCUCCAAAUCUCAACUGCUAAUUGAAUUUUAAUGCAAUAAAUGUAUUAUAAUGAA